AUGUCUACAUCCGAGAUACGAAACCAACCCAAAUCCUGGACAAAGGAAGAAUAUUUAGUCUCAACCGACAUAUCCCUAAUCCCCAUCAAAACCCUAAACACCUGGUACGCCGGCGAAGAAUUCUACUGGGCAAAGCCAAUGCCAGAGCCCGCUUUGCGCGAAACAUUACAAAACUCUCUCUGUUUCGGGCUUUACCACAAUCCAAAUCAAAGUCAGCCAGAUGAAAUAUCAGAGAACGGGGCACCGUCAGAGUCACUCGAAUUCGUCGGCUUCGCACGCUGCAUUACAGACUACACAACAUUCCUCUUCUUGACAGACGUCUUUGUCCUUUCCUCGCGCCAGGGCCUCGGACUGGGAACAUGGCUUGUAACCUGCGUGCAGGAGGUUAUUGAGUCGAUGCCUUACCUACGGAGAUCGCUACUGCUUACUGGGGAUUGGAAGCGGUCGGUGCCGUUUUAUGAGAAGGUUAUGGAUAUGGAGCUUAUGGUAUGUAAUCGACCGGUUGAUGGGGAGGAAGCAACGGGUUUUGCUGUUAUGCAGCGAAAGUCUUGGGGGGCUCCUGGGUUCAUGGGACAGCCCUAG